AUGCCGUUGCUUAUGAUUACAGGGCACCCGUGCUCGGGGAAAACCACGGUUGCAACGAAACUGAAGGAUGCUCUUGAAGAAAAGAUAAAAGCUUCUGGGCUUGACAUGAAAGUGGAGCUUGUGAAUGACGAGCGGCUCAAUAUUGCAAAGGAAACAUACCGAGAAGCCAAAACGGAGAAGGCUACACGCGGAGCACAAAUGUCAGCGGUCAAGAAGCUUCUUGCACGCGACACGAUUGUGAUUCUGGACAACUUGACAUACAUCAAGGGGUUUCGGUAUCAGUUGUUUUGCGAGGCCAAAGCAAUCCGGACCAACUCAUGUGUUGUGCAAGUUGGAGCACCUGUGGAUUUAUGUAAGGAAUGGAACGCCCAAAUGCUAGCAAAGGGAGAAAACGGUUGGGCGCCGGACUUAUUUGAUGCUCUUGUUUUUCGAUACGAGGAGCCGAACGGAAUGAGUCGCUGGGACUCGCCGUUAUAUGCUGUUUCAUACGACGAUACAACACUGCCUGUGGAUGAAAUUUGGGAUACACUUGUGCUUCAAAGACCCAAACCACCAAACCAAGCUACGCUGCUCAAGGCAGCAACACCAACAAAUUAUUUGUUUGAAUUGGAUCGCAUUACACAGGAAAUUGUGACAGCUGUGUUAGAACUUCAAAAAGUAAACCCAGGUGGAGCAGUCAAGGUUAAGGAAUACCCAGUCAAGGUUGAGCUGCCUUACAAACCUCUUUCUAUUGCACAGCUACAGCGGAUACGAAGGACGUAUAUUGCACUUAAUAAGAUGAAGAACGUGGAGACUUCAAGGGUUCCAAUUAUGUUUAUAGAGUAUUUGAACAAGAACUUUGAAAGAGAUGAUUAG